GGAUUAAGACUCUUCGGCGCGCUGACGUCACGCGUGCUGCCUGAACCGCUAUCCACCUGGAGACGGAAACCAAGCGGCCGUGCUUUCUUGUUUUAUUAUCCCGAGGAAAACGCGAUAAGCUUCUAGGAGAUGCCGAUGAAGAGAUAGCCUCCUGCUCUCCAGGGCGCCAGAAGACGGAGGGAUGGAGAAGGAGGAUAAGGAGGAUAAGAAGGAGGAUGAUCAGAGACCCGCUGGGCUCCUGUCCUCGCAGCUGCUGCUGAAACGCAGCGUGUACGAGGUGUCUCUGCACCCCGGAGUGCUCACCUGGACCAGAGCCCACCUGCCCUCCAGACUCGGCCACACUGUACCUGUGUCGGAGGUGAUCUCGGUGCGGGAGCUGGAGGUGGCCAGCAGCACCAGUAUCUCCCCAUGCUCCUGCACCAGUAUGUGCAGCACCACGACCAGCAGUGACAGCAGCCCCAGUCGGAGCAGCACCACUGGUACCAGUAUGUGUACCAGUAGGUGUACCAGUAGGUGUACCAGUGGAGCGAAGGGCUCCAGGCGCUGGCAGAAGAUACCCCAGAGAGAUGACGAGGACUCACCCCACGCCUUCACCGUGAGCUACGUGCAGCGGGCGCGCCGGGCGGCCUGGCGGCUCAGAGACGUCACCUUCCUCUGUGCGGACGCGGCGCUGUGUGGCCGGUGGGUCCGCACGCUCACGGAGCAGCUCUCCGCCCUGGCCCAGCGCCCGCGGCGGCUGCUGGUCUACAUCAACCCGCUGAGCGGUAAGCGGCACGGUGAGAGGAUCUACCGCCACAAGGUGGCGCCGCUCUUCUCCAGAGCCAAUAUCUCCACCAGUGUCAUCGUUACGCAACACGCCAAUCACGCCAGGGAUCACCUGCGGACAGAGGCGGAGCUACAGAACUACGACGGGGUGGUGUGUGUGGGGGGUGACGGGAUGUUCAGCGAGGUGAUGCACGGCCUGGUGCUGCGGACCCAGAGGGACCAGGGCCGGGACCACCACCACCCGGACCAGGACCUAGCCCAGACCGGCCUGCGCAUCGGGAUCAUCCCUGCAGGCUCUACAGACUGUAUCUGCUUCGCCACUGUUGGGGCCAACGACCCCGUGACCUCUUCUCUACACAUCAUCGUGGGCGACUGCCAGCCCAUGGACGUGUGUUCCGUACAUCACGGCGACGCCUUCCUGCGCUACUCGGUCUCGUUGCUAGGCUACGGUUUCUACGGCGACGUGCUAUCGGACAGCGAGAGGAGGAGGUGGAUGGGCCCGGCGAGAUACGACGUCUCAGGUGUGAAGAAGUUCCUGAGCCAUCGGUACUAUGAGGGGACCGUCUCCUACCUGCCGGCCAGCGACGUCCUGGGGACCCCCAGGGACCGGGCCCCCUGCCGGACCGGCUGUGUGGUGUGUCAGUACAACAGACCGCUUGAGGAGGAGAAGGAGGGGAAACUCAAGAUGGAGGAGAGCCAUGAAGGGCUGGCCUGGCGCAGCGUGCGGGGGAAGUUCCUGGCCAUCAACGCGGUGAGCAUGAGUUGCGCGUGCCCCCGCAGCCCCCAAGGCCUGUCGCCCGCCGCCCACCUGGCCGACGGGACCACCGACCUCAUCCUGGUCCGCAAUUCCUCGCGCCUCGCCUUCCUCCGGCACCUGCUGAGGCACACCAGUAAGGACGACCAGUUCGACCUGGGCUUCGUGGAGGUGCACCGCGUGAGGAGGUUCCGCUUCACGCCGCGGUUCUGCCAGAGCGACUCGGAGCUGGACCUCCAGGAGCUGCUGCAGGAGAAGGAGCAGAAGGAGGUGCAGCAGAAGGAGGUGCAGCAGAAGGAGGUGCAGCAGAAGGAGGUGCAGCAGAAGGAGGCGCAGCAGAAGGAGGCGCAGCAGAAGGAGGUGGCGGGCAGCCAGGCCAGGAGGAUCUUGGGCCAGCUCUGCAGGGAGCACCCGGCCUGCUGCCGGACCCCCCCCUGCGCCUCCUGCUGGAACUGUGACGGAGAAAUCCUCCCCCACGCCGACAUACAAGUCAGGGCGCACCGGCAGCUCAUCAGGCUGUUCGCCCGCGGCAUCGAGGAGACGCCCGUGUUCGAUGACAUCAUCCCACCCAUAUAGGCCCCGCCCCUUCUCCCCUAGACCCUGCCCCUUCUCCCCUAGACCCCUCCCCUCCCGUGUAGCCCCUCCCCUCGUCAGGCCCGGCGCCUGGCCCCAUGGAGACGGUCGGCAUGGUGACUGAUGGUCUGACGACCACUAGGUCACAUGACGUAGCAUGUUCAAUGUGGAACUGAUUAUUGAUUGUUUGUUUGUGAGUCUGUCGGCGCUCUCCGUCUAUCAGAGCUUAGAUGUUUUUAUAUUUAUGGCGUUAAAGUUAAGAUAUAGGAUUUUAGCUCAAGAUAAUCACUCGUAUGAAUAUAAUUAAUAUACUCGUUCUACCAAAUACCAGCAGGUCAUUAGGGUUUUUGUUGUGGAUCAAUUAAAACAUAUAUUUGAUUUCUUUAAUUUAACCUUUUAUCCAAGCAGUAUAAAUUCUUAUAUACUACAGUGGCCUGGAGAAGGGGCUAGGAGUGGAAAGGAAAUACAUUUAAAUAAUUAAAAAGCUGACUCAUUGGAAGGUUGAUGACUCAAGCUGGGGAAAGGCUUUAAUCAUUUUACUCUUUCAUCAUGAGAUGAAUUCACUGAUGGAAACAUGAUCAUUUAGUGACCUGUUUCUGCUCUGUUACAAUCGAGACAUGAAAUGUUUAAAAUCAAACUGACAUAAAUCUCCACCAAUCAACUUCCACUGAGCGAACUUCAAAUCAAACCAGUAAAGUAAAUCGAAUGCUGGCUGUUUUAGGUUAACUGUGUUGUAGCCGACGGAGUACUUCUGAUACAUUGUCUACUAGAACUCACACAUUGUGUGCUAGUAUUAACACGUGCGUUGCCGGGCGGGUCUCUGUAACCAUGGAAACCUAGUACAAUCUACAGAUUUCUGUUUCCCAAAUAUUACAAUCUUCUGUUGAUGCUGUCUGUGAUGUUGAAUGUUGUUUGUUAAUAAACUACCUAGCAAUGGAGCUAGCUUAGCCCUGGCAGUAGCUUAGCCCUGGAGCUAGCCUAGCCAUGGUUCUAAUCAGCUGUUGUAACCAAGACAAUCCCCCCUGAGACUGAAUGUACAACGUGUAGAAACAAGUCUUCCUGCCAACUUUCAGUAGCUUUGAACUAACCCUUCUGUAAGAUACCGUUGCAGCAAGCAAACGCUACUGUGAGGAAGCUACUGUGGGCUAACACUACAGCGAGCAAAUGCUACCAAACCAAUCUGCUCCUCUUGGCCGCUCUACAAAGCCAUGUUGAUGACAUCAUCUAUAAUUUAUGUUGUAACCAGUAACCAACUAGUUAGAAGGACUAGCAUUGAGAAAUACAUUAUUUCCAUAUGUUGACAUGAACGUAGAGAAGAGGAUUUGUUUCAUACCUUAUGGAGCCUCUAUGCAUAGGCCUAUUUGAUGUAGCUUUAGGAAAAUAUACUUAAUCAAAAGUACUAUGCUGAUUGAAUAAAUCAAUAAAUCUUCAUGUAGCACUUACUAACUCCUGUAAUACUCAAACUGCAACAGCUAUUGCUCUAUGUUUUAAUACAUUCACGGAUCUGGUAGUACUGGUCCCCAAAGACCUGUACUUCCAGACUACUGGUCUUCCCAGACCAGUAGCACUUUACUUCAGGUCAGACCAAAUUGUUGUUUAUGUCAAAUAAGGAGAAUAUGCUCCUAUAAAGUUUUCUAAAGGCUACUACUCGAUGUGCUUGCUGUUUAAUAAAAGAACAAAUGCAAUGAAACCCUU